UUCCCAUGAUUUUUUUUUUAUUUUAAAUCCGGUGGGCCCUGUGUGCUGGGUUAUUUCUCUGCCUUCAACACACAUUUUACAAUAUUCAAGAUGGCAGAAACAUGUUUUCUUUGUGAAGGCAUCAUUCAUUAUUCCAUCAUUUGUUCCUUUGUCUCCUUCCCUUCUGUCCAUCCUGCCUUCAUUCUUCCUCCUGCUUCCUCCCUUCUUAGAUAUUCCUUUCAAACAUCCUUGUCUCCUUCAUUCAUACCUUCCUCCUGUCCCUUAUCUUUCUUCUGUCCUUUGUUUUUUUUCUCUCAGACCCUCUCGUGCUCCUUUCCUGAAUUACUCCCGUUCUUUUUCACUUUCUAACAUUAAUAUCCUGUGUUUUUCUUAACUUGGCGAAUUGGUUUGUGCUCGGCCUGCUUGCUCCUUUCCCAAAUGAUCAUUGUCUAGCACCGCCCUUUCGAGGCGUGCGGGGACAACAAAUCCAACACGUUUUCAAGCAGAGAGGCGUGAGGCGCGUAAACGAGGAAGGAGAAGCUCCCAACUUGUUCUACCGCCGGUGUGCCGCCGUCUCUCACCCCAAACCACCCCCACCCCCUUCCCCGAGACCGGCACGUGAGCCCGCGUCGACCCUCCAUCAACAUGCUGGCGGAGGACAUGGAGGUCCCUCUGUUUAAUAACCUCAACGACAACGGCGACAGGCUGAGGUCGAAAGGGAAAGAUGUGUUCAAAGAACAGCCAAAGGAGUCCGAGAGCUCCAUGGAAUCUCCCAACCUGGAGUUUGAAUACGGCGACACGGACACGCUCGUCGCUGAACUCUCAGAGCUUUACAGCUACACCGAGGAGCCUGAGUUUGGCCUGAACAGAGACUACUUUGAGGAAGACUUCCGAAGCCAUGCCCGUGGCCGACGGUGGAUCGAUUUGAGCGCGGAGGAGCGGCGCACGUAUGUGAUGAGAUUACUGGACGCGCUGGAGGUGACUGACCGUGACAAGAGACUGAAGGUGGCGCGGGCCAUCCUCUACCUCGCUCAGGGGGUGUUUGACGAAUGUGACACCGAGGUAGACGUGCUCCGCUGGUCCAGGCGCAAUCUCUUCCUCCUCUACGACAUGGGCAUCUUCACGGCCCUCCUGGAGCUUCUCAGCAUGGAGAUGGACAACAGCCAAGCCUGCAGCAGUGCAGUGAGGAAGCCCGCCAUCUCCCUCGCAGACAGCACAGAACUCCGAGUCUUGCUCAGCAUCAUGUACCUGAUGGUGGAGACCAUUCGAGUUCAAACGGAGGAUGACGCACCGGAGUGGAGGGCGGCCAGGGAGGCCUUCAAGAACGAGCUCGGCGCACCGCUCUACAACGGCGAGCCUUUUGCCCUGCUUCUCUUCUCCAUGGUGACCAAGUUCUGCAGCAUGAACGCGCCACAUUUCCCCAUGAAGAAAGUGCUGCUUCUUUUAUGGAAGACGGUGCUGUUCACCUUGGGGGGCUUUGAAGAGCUGCAGGAGAUGAAGGUGCGGGGCCGCCAGCGUCUCAACCUCCCCCCGCUCCCCGAGGACAGCAUCAAGGUGGUGCGGGCAAUGAGAGCCGCCUCGCCGCCCGCCUCGGCCAUGGAGCUCAUCGAGCAGCAGCAACAGCAGAAGAGAGGGCGGCGCAGUCGCAGGAGUGCCUUUGUUGAUAGCUUGGAAGGAGAAAGUCCCUUUCCCAAGAAGCAGCCACUGGUCAAACAGGACAGCCUGGACACGUACAACGAGCGGGACCCGUUCAAGAACGACGACGCCCGCGACGAGGAGGAGGACCCCGAGGACGGCGACAGCGGCAUGGAGGGCGAGGUAGACCCGUUGGAGCGCGAUGUCAUCAUCCAGCCGCCGCCUCCUCUCCUCCGGACCCCCGCCGAGAGGGUCAACUUCCCCAAGGGCCUCCCUUGGGCCCCCAAAGUCAGGGAGAAGGACAUCGAGCACUUCCUGGAGACCAGUCGGAACAAAUUCAUCGGCUUCACCCUCGGAAAUGACAUCGAGACCCUCGUCGGCCUGCCCCGACCCAUCCACGAGAGCGUCAAGACUCUUAAACAGCACAAAUACGUCUCCAUCGCCGAAGUGCAGAUGAAACGCGAGGAGGAGUUACAACAGUGUCCGCUGAGCUUGGGCGAAGAGGAAGUGGAAGAGACGCCGGCAGAGACUCUCUACCUGGGCUUGCUUCCAAACCUCUCCCAAUACGUGAUCGCCCUCCUCAAGCUGCUACUGGCCGCCGCGCCGACCUCCAAAGCCAAAACGGACUCCAUCAACAUCCUCGCCGACGUGCUGCCUGAGGAGAUGCCCAUCACAGUCCUCCAAAGCAUGAAGCUGGGCAUCGACGUCAACCGCCACAAAGAAAUCAUCGUCAAGGCCAUCUCGGCCCUGCUGCUCCUCCUCCUCAAACACUUGAAACUCAACCACGUCUACCAGUUUGAGAUCGUCUCCCAGCACCUGGUGUUUGCCAACUGCAUCCCGCUCAUCCUCAAAUUCUUCAACCAGAACAUCAUGUCUUAUAUCAGUGCCAAAAACAGUAUAUGUGUGUUGGACUUUCCCCACUGUGCCGUCCAUGAAAUGCCUGAGCUCACCGCCGAGAGCCUGGAGACUGGAGACAACAACCAGUUCUGUUGGCGGAAUCUGUUCUCCUGCAUUAACCUGCUGAGAAUCCUCAACAAGCUGACCAAGUGGAAACACUCUCGGACCAUGAUGUUGGUGGUCUUUAAGUCAGCCCCCAUCCUGAAGAGAGCCCUCAAGGUCAAGCAGGCCAUGAUGCAACUGUACGUGCUCAAGCUGCUCAAAAUCCAGACCAAGUACUUGGGCCGCCAGUGGCGGAAGAGUAACAUGAAGACCAUGUCGGCCAUCUACCAGAAGGUUCGCCACCGGCUUAACGACGACUGGGCCUACGGCAACGAUAUCGACGCGCGGCCUUGGGACUUCCAGGCGGAGGAGUGCGCCCUUCGCGAGAGCAUCGAGAGGUUCAACGGCCGGCGCUACGACAAGAACCGCAACGGCGACUUUGCGCCCGUGGACAACUGCCUGCAGAGCGUGCUGGGCCAGCGCGUGGACCUGCCCGACGACUUCCACUACAGCUACGAGAUGUGGCUGGAGAGGGAGGUGUUUGCGCAGCCCAUCGAGUGGGAGGGCCUCCUGGCGGAGGAGUGACACGGGGCAGGGGGAGCACCGACAGGACAUGCCCACGCCGACGCUGUCAGCACGUACGGAGGAGGCGGCCAAGAACUGAGGUAGCAGAACGCGGGUUCUCUCGAGAGGUAUCUUUAAGGAUUCACUAAAUAAAUAGCAUAAAAUUAUUGUCUGAUUAAACAUAAUAAAACAA